UGGAGGAGGGCGGAGGGGGCGGGGCGGCGCGGCUCUAGAGCGCCGCGGGCACAGUCGAGCCGCUGCCGCCGUUCACGCCGGAGCCGCCGCCGAUCGACCGCCCGCCCGCCGCCGCCCCCCGCGCCCAGCAUGGUAAUGGCCGAGCCCCGGCGGCCCCCCCCGCUGCUGCCCCGCGGGCUCGGGCCCGUCCGCGUCGGCUUCUACGACAUCGAGGGCACGCUGGGCAAAGGCAACUUCGCCGUGGUCAAGCUGGCGCGGCACCGCAUCACGCGCAGCGAGGUGGCAAUAAAAAUCAUUGAUAAAUCUCAGCUGGAUGCUGUGAAUCUGGAGAAGAUCUACCGAGAAGUGCAGAUAAUGAAAAUGCUUGAUCACCCACACAUUAUAAAGCUCUACCAGGUGAUGGAGACCAAAAGCAUGUUGUACCUUGUGACAGAAUUUGCCAAAAAUGGAGAAAUUUUCGAUUACCUUGCCAGCCAUGGCCGUCUAAGUGAGUCUGAGGCCAGGCGCAAAUUCUGGCAGAUCCUCUCGGCAGUGGAGUAUUGCCAUGGUCGAAAGAUUGUUCACCGUGACCUGAAGGCUGAAAAUCUUUUGCUUGACAACAACAUGAAUAUCAAAAUAGCAGAUUUUGGAUUUGGAAAUUUCUAUAAGAGUGGUGAGCCUCUGACGACAUGGUGUGGAAGCCCACCAUAUGCAGCCCCAGAAGUCUUUGAAGGACAGCAAUACGAGGGACCCCAGCUGGAUAUCUGGAGCAUGGGUGUAGUUCUUUAUGUUUUGGUCUGCGGAGCAUUACCUUUUGAUGGACCAACACUCCCCAUACUGAGGCAACGAGUUCUUGAAGGAAGGUUCAGGAUCCCUUAUUUUAUGUCAGAAGAGUGUGAACACCUGAUUAGAAGAAUGUUGGUCCUAGACCCAUCCAAACGGUUAACUAUUGCUCAGAUUAAGGAGCACAAGUGGAUGCUUAUAGAAGUUCCUGCACAGAGACCUAUUCUUUAUCCACCAGGAGAGGAGAAUGAGCCUUCCAUUGGAGAGUAUAAUGAGCAGGUCUUACGGCUAAUGCACAGCCUUGGAAUAGACCAACAGAAAACUAUUGAGUCUCUGCAGAACAAGAGUUAUAACCACUUUGCUGCUAUCUAUUACUUGUUAGUGGAAAGACUCAAAUCACAUCGGAGUAGCUUCCCUGUGGAACAGAGACUUGAUGCUCGUCAGCGUCGGCCAAGCACCAUCGCUGAGCAGACAGUAGCCAAGGCACAAGCUGUGGUACCCUCAGUUAACUUGCAUUCACAAAAUGCAAGGUUGUUGCAGUCUCCAGGUCUUCCCUCAGCUUCAGGAGCAGAAGCCUUUUCAUUCCCUCCAUCCAACUGCCAGGGAGAGACAGCAUUUAUGGAGGAAGAAAGAGUUGAGACACCAAAGGUAAAUGGGUGCCUGCUAGAUCCUGUACCUCCUGUGGUGAUUAGGAAAGGAUGCCAAUCACUGCCUACCACCAUGAUGGAAACUUCUAUUGAUGAAGGAAUAGAGACAGAAGGCGAGUCAGAAGAUGACCCUGCACAGGCAUUUGCAGCCCUCCAAGCAGCUCGCUGUGGGAAGCGACGUCACACUCUGGCAGAAGUUACCAACCAGCUGGUGAUGAUGCCAGGCACAGGGAAAGUCUACUCAUUGGAUGAAAACUCAUCUCUGGGCAGUAUUGAUUCAGAGUAUGACAUGGGAUCCAUUCAGAGAGAUAUUAAAUUCCUGGAAGACACCCCUUCCUUGAAAGAAAUAGUACUAACUAACCAACAAGCACCCAGAAUGACAACACCUUUCAUAGGUUUGAGACCUGCCAAUCCAGCCAUGCAGGCACUCACUUCCCAAAAGCGAGAGACCCACAACCGCUCUCCUGUCAGUUUCCGAGAGGGGCGUAGAGCUUCUGACACAUCCCUCACACAAGGAAUUGUAGCAUUUAGACAGCACCUCCAGAAUCUGGCACGAACCAAAGGAAUCCUGGAACUGAACAAAGUCCAGUUGCUGUAUGAACAGAUGGGAUCAGAAGAACCACCUUCUCUGACAUCAACUGCCACCCAGUUGCAGGACCUCAUUAAUAGUCCUCCACAGGAGGAAGCAUCUCAGCAGCAGCAGGAAGCUGCCUCUGCUUUCCCUAAUGGUGCACAUCCCCCAUUAUUAUCCAGGCGGCAGAGCUUAGAAACACAGUACUUACAACAGAGGCUCCAGAAAACCACUCUGCUAUCAAAAGCUCAGAAUACUUGCCAGCUAUACUGCAAAGAAUUGCCCCGGAGUCUGGAACAGCAGUUACAGGAACACAGGCUGCAUCAGAAGAGGCUCUUUCUCCAGAAGCAGUCCCAGCUGCAGGCCUAUUUUAACCAGAUGCAAAUAGCUGAGAGUUCAUACCCAAGGUCAAGUCAACUGCCACUUUCAUGCCAGGAGGAGCAGCAACAGCAGCAGCAGCAAUCAACCCAGUUCAGCCUGCAGCAGCCUCUGAGCCCUGUGAUGGAGCCUUCCUCAGAACAAAUGCAAUAUGACCCCUUCCUCAGUCAAUACCAGAAGGUACAGCUGGAUCCACUGCCACCCUCCCAGAUCACCAGCUCAUCACGCUUGUCACCACCUGUUCAGGUGCAGCAGCCACCACAGUCUUUACAAUAUUCAUAUCAGACUUGUGAAUUGCCUGUUGUCACCUCUUCUGAGCCAGACUACCCAGAUCAGUGCCAGUAUUCCAUGGACCCAGUACAACAGAGCAGUGUAGCAUUGCCUGACAGCCAGAGCAGCUCAGCAUCUCAUGAGUCCCAGUCAAACUAUGAUGCAUUAUCCCUGUCGGAAUUGCCUGGACUCUUUGAUUGUGAAAUGAUGGAGACUGUAGAUCCCCAGCACAGUGGCUAUGUCCUGGUGAAUUAAUACCAUGGGGUGACUAACAUGAGAGUAGAAGAAAGGACAAAUGGAGAAGCAUGUGAAUUUUUGGUUUUUUGUUCCUACCCCAAAGUUCAUGGUAAUUUCUUAACCCUUGAAUUAACAGGGGAACUAAAAAUCCACCUGACUGGAAAAAAAGGAGGUGGUGAGAAGUGUUUGGCCAUUAGCUCCUCUUGCUGGUGGCAGGGGCUAGAGAACAGAUUGUGCCGUUUCAUCCCACAAAGAACUAGUUUGCAUAGGAGGCAAAAAAAGUGACUUUUAGAGGAAGGAAACAGCCCCUUCUAAAAAAAAUUUCGGGAGUUUGUCAAGCAUUCAUCUAACAUUCACUUGGAGAAACAAGAAUGAGUGCACAAUGUGUUGUACUUCUUGGCAAUAAAAGCAAUAGGUUUUCAUUUAAAUUCAGGGUAGAUUUGGGUCUGCACUGAUGGCAACUGUAAUACUCUUGAAACAGUAGUAUGACGUGGAAUUAAAGGAAAGUUGCACUUUGGCAUCCAAUUGCUGGUUAAGCUACUGAUCUGGAACUACUCCAAGGUAAGUCUUUGAGACCACCAGGCAUCUCAGGCAGCCUCCACUUCCUCCUGCUAGCAAGUAAACAGUAUUUCCCAAGCCUGCCAAGGAACUCUUAAUUGUCCACCAAGGGAAGCUUCUGGAUCUCUGCUAAGUGACAUCUUGACUUUGUCAAAAGAUACCUGGAACUGACACAGGGCACCACAGUGGUUUGUAGAGACCUCUGGGUGGGGAUCAGAAUACUAAAGGAUAAAGGAUUAGCUAACAGAGAGAUAGAAGGUAAGAAGUACCAUGAGAAAAAUCAAGAGCUGUAGCCAAUGGCAUUCAAAAAAAAAAAAAAAUCCACCUGGGUGGCUUUUGAAAUCAACCCUUUCUUGCAGGCAGGCCUUUGUGGAGGGCUCUGUCUUGGAGAAGUUCCGAUCACUGGAAAGGAUCCAUCUGUCCUUCUGUUGCAUUUUAAAAACAAGCAAACAAACUGUGUUUUGAAUUUGCAGUAUGUGUUGCUGGUGGUUUAUUGAGCUUUGUAUAUUUGGACAAUUAUUUAGGGUUUUAGAACUUAAGGAUAAAAACAAUGAGCUUAAAAAAAAAACACACCCCUGUGAAGUGAUAGUGCUGUGCCUUUUUCAGUUCUUUAUCAGCCUAUAUGCUUUUUUCUGAAGCAAGUAGACAAUACCCCAUUUAUAUCCUUGCUAUAGCCAAAGUCCCUUCAGAGCACAUGUUCCACCAUGUGGAACAUUAUGUUUAACUUUCUUAGUGUUUUGAUUGCUCAUGUAUAUAUAACAUUGAAAGUAUUACAGCAAUAUUUAGCAUCACGAACUGUUGAUGUAUCAACCAUUUCAAGAAAUACUAAACUCAACAAGCAGUUUGUGUCUCCAGAAAUUUCAGCCAUGAAAUGCAAGUCAUAGGAGGAUUGUUUAGGAAUCUGCAGAAAGCUUAGAUCUCUAGUUUGGGUUUUGGCUCUAGCCUUUAAGUAUUGUGGGACAUUACAGGAUGAUAGACAACCAAGGCUCACAGCUAGACAGUUCAGCCCUCUUCUGAGCAAACAUUAAGCACAAUUGCAGAUUCAUUAAAGCACAAAGAAUGGCAGAGAAACUGUGCUGGUCACUUAUGUAGAAACCACCACUCUUUGCUGGGAAGUUUGGUGAGCCAAGGUCUUUGAUUCUACAAAUAAUGAGGGGGUGCAGAAAGGUGGAUAAUCAGCCAGGCUUUACAGCAAUAAGACCACAUUUAAAUGUGGAAUAGUAGGACUUCAGUCACUGCAUUGUAGGCUGUGUGAAGGAGGGAAGGGUUUAAACAACUGACAGAAGGCACCUUGCUUCCUGUGUACUACAAAUAGAGAGAUAACUCCUGUUGCUUUGUAGCCUACUCUGAUAUUUGUCCAGUUGUGCAGCUGGACUCAAUCUGUAAGUGCUCAGCUUCUACCUCUGAUAUCACAGUGAUUCUCAAGGCAUCAGAAAAGCACAGUUUAAAGAACAGAGAUCACAUCCAUACACUACUUAUGUGAUGCAAGAUAAAGAGGGCUAGAAAGCUCUACUGUAAAUAGCUGAGAUGAUAGAAAAGGUUUUUAUUGUGUAGUUUCCCUUUAAUAGGAAACUCAUCUGACAGAGUAAAUAGCUAUGGAACACAGAAACCCCUAUGACACCUUCAGUGACUAACAAAGGGAAGGGAAACAGCUUGACAAAUACUGCAGCAUAACAGACCAGGCAUUUCACUACUCCAAAAAAAGAAAAAGAGGUUCCUGUCCUUUCAUUCCUUCUUCCCUACCCCACAGCAUAAUAAACACUUUCUGGUAUUUUAAUAUCUGACCAAGCACUCAAGGAACUAUGCAGUGAGAACUGCUAAUAGGACACACAAUACCUAUGGAGACAGGCCCAGUUCUGCUCCAGGAGCUGGGUUACUGCCAUAACUAUAACCACUUCCUUCCCCAUCCAGCUUUAGGAUACUGUACAUUUCAGGACUUGAAGAUAAAAAUAAUUCUGUUCUUGAGUUCUGCCAUUCAUUUAUCAGGAUGUGCCAACUAGUCUAAGCUCAUUUGAGCUUUGCAGUGCUGGUAAAAGGGGGAAGCUACAAUGUUUUUUAAUGUAGUUUAGACUGACUCUUCCCCUCAAGCAUAUUUAACAUUUCAUGUAAUUUCCUUUAAGCCAAUUAGAAUAAAAGGCUUCUAAUGCCUUCUAAUACAGCAGACUAUCCAUUGGGCACCCCCUUCAUACUACUUUGAAGUGGCUUUUUUCUUCAAAUCCAUUAUGUCUAACAUUAGAGAACUGUGUACACUACUGUUAGAAUUAUAAUUAUUAGCUUUAUUAUCUUGUAUUACUCCUUUGAAGAGACUUUGGUGUGAUGUAUAUGGGGUAAAAAUUUCAUAUGGAGAAAAGUGCAAUAUGUGUGUGUGUGUGGUACGUUCUUUAAUGUAUUUUUUUAAGGAGUUAGAGGGUUUAGUCUCUGCUUUGGGAUAAAUGCACUAGUUUUGUGAGCUCCAGUUUGGUAAGUUCAUCUGUAGUAUUUACAUGCAACUGAUAUGCUGGACUCUGUAAAGCAAUUACAGUGUAUUAAUACAAAAUAAAGAGUAUGUUGCAUUUCAUUUUUAAA